CAACAGCAGCAGCAGAAACCGCAGCAACAGCCACCUAGUUUGUUGGGACCUCUUCGUCGACCUGGAGAUGGGCCACCAUCUCUGUUGGACUUACCACCGCAGAAAUUCCCUGGCAUGCCAGACACUGCUUUCGGUGGACCGCGAGACUUUGGAUCUCGAAAUGAAGGUCGCGAUCUCAGAGAUUUUCCUCGUAUGGGAGACCGUGACAAUCGACCGUUUGGCAUGAGACCUGGUGAUUCAAUGGGACGUGGUGGUCCAUUGGAGGACUUUCCCGAACCACCCCGUAGCCUGUUGGAGCACAGGUACCCCCCUCCAGAAGACUUUGAUAGAAUGGGUGGUAGACCACCUCGACUCGAUCUCGAUUUCGACUUGCGACAUGGUCCUCAACCUUCGGGUCCAUCUUCGGUUGGCCCUCAUGAUGAUUUUGACGCAGCUGGUGGCCCGGGAGGCCGUCCUGAUGGAAGAUCAGGACCAUCUGAACGUCGUCUCGAUGAUUUCGAUCGGCAGAAGCGUUUCGACUUCGAUAUGCGGCCGCGUAAUCCUGAUGAUGGCCCACCUUUCGAUAUUCCACGUGGCAUGCCCGAUGACUUUAACAUGCACGAUCAUCCAGACUUUGCUCGUGGUGGGAGACGAGAUUUCUUUGGAGAACCCAGGUUUGGCCCUGGACCUCCGUCCCUGAUGGGACCUAGAGGACCUAGAGGGCCUAUGCCACCAGGUAUGAUGGGACCCGAAGGAUUUGGCCCAAGGGGACGUGCUCCUCCUCCACUCUUCCCUCCACGCGGUAUGGGACCAAGAGGUAUGCGACCAGGUAUGAGAGCUCCAUUUGGCCCUGGCCCUCCAGGACCAGGUGGUCCAGGAGGUCCGCGUGGCGGGCCGCCCUUUGAUUUUGAUCCUCGCGAAGGUCCUGAUGGUGGACCGUUCUUCCGACCACCCGGCUUUGACGAAGGCCGUGGUAACGGUGGCCCACCUUUGGGUCGUCCUGGCAUGCCACCCUUCGGCAUGGGACCUCCGGGUCCAGGUGGCCAUCCACCCCCGUUGUUGGGCAACGCUCCAGGCGAUGUAUCAUGGAGAAAAGAUGGUGGUCCUCCACCGCUCAUACCUCCCAGAGAACAAGGAAGCAGAGUCGAUGGGGGCGAAGAACCUAAGGAGAAGAAGAGAGGCACCAGCUCUGAUAGGGACAACAGGCGGAGAGAAAAUCGAAAGUCUAGAUGGGGCAAUGCUAGUCCUUCUAACGAGCAACAAGCAGACACAAUGGCUCAUCUUGGAAGUGGUCUUCCAUCAAUUGAGGAAGGUGACUCGAGGCCCAUCAUUAACUUCGGCAAUCCUCCUAAACCCGAUAAUUUAAUGGAAGUGCCUCUUUCUGACGAAAAUUGGAAAAAUGCAGAACAUGUUCAGCAAGUUAGUACAGGACCCACCGAACAUACACAAUCAGAGCCACAGGGUGGUUAUAAAGCCCACGAAGACCCGGAUGACUUUUAUGCCGAGCCUCAGUCGGACCAGCAUCCACCAGCCCAGGAUAAUCAUCCCCCGCGUCAGGAAAGUGUUGAUUGCUAUGAGCCUCCACAAGAACGUUUCGAACCUCCUCAGGAGCAAUUCGAACCUCCUCCUUCACAGGAGCGUUUUGAAUCGUCUCCUCCGAAGGAACGUUACGAGCCUCUCCCACCUCCUCAAGAACAGCAAUUCGAGCAGCCUCCGCUAGAGUGCUACGAGCCACCACAAGAGCGAUUCGAGCCUCCUCCACAAGAGUGCUUUGAGCCUCCACAUUUCGAGCCCCCUCCACAAGAGCCCUUUGAGCUUCCACAGGAGAACUACGAGCCCCCUCCACAAGAGCGUUAUGAGCCUCCACAGGAGCACUACGAGCCUCCACAAGAGCACUAUGAGCCUCCCACGAAGGAGUCUUUUGAGCCUCCCCAAGAGCAACAUCACCAUCACAGCCAACCUCCGGCGGAAGAGCCACAACAAUUUGCCGAGCCACAGCUGGAGGCUCAACCAGCCGAGCAACAAGACUUUGGCGGUGAAGUACCGUCGGAACAACCUCCGCCUCCCGAACCUCAGCAGCAACAAGAGCCGCAAAACGAGGCUGCCGACUCGUAAUCGAGGAUGAGAUUUGUGACUAAAUGAACUUUGUAUCAUAAAAGCGUUUUAGAAAUCGUUUGCAACGUGUGUA